AUGGAGCACCCCGACAUCACCAGCCAUGAUUCAGAUGGCUCGGGCUCGUCGGACGAGUACCCUCCCCAGUAUCCUCUGCGGACCAACUCCUACGGCGAGACCUUCGACGGUCAGGUCCAAACACCGGCCACCACCAUCACGUCGUCCCCGCCAUCCCAUUCCUCUAGCAUGUCUUCAUGGUCCGGCACCCCGGGAACCCGGCCACGUGGAUCUAGUGUGGGCGCUGCGGCCGCUCUUGAGAAAUCAGAUGCCUAUGCGAUGGGCGAUCUGAGACCGCAGCGUCCGUCUGCGCCCGUCAGAACCCCCUCCAAUACCUAUGCCCCUCAGCGGCGGCCUCCGCAAUAUAUCAGCCUCCAGAGCGACCGACAGCGAUCAUCUUCGUCGAAACGAGGUACUCGACGCGAUCCGAACGCCCAGUAUCGAGCCCAAGAAAAAGCCUACGUCCAACGCAUUCGUGCCAACCCCCAGGCGUGGUACCACCACUUCAACGACGCGCAGGCUACAAACCUGACGGUAGCUGAUGCAGACUUGGAGGACCCCUCGCCUUCGUCAGAAGCACCCUUUGAUGAUGACACCUACGAUCCUGAUAUCCAACUCUUUCUUCCGGAAGAUAACCAGCCGACUGUGGAAGAGCUGAAGAACCCCAAGAACCAGGAGCGGCUCGAGUGGCAUUCCAUGUUGGCUUCUGUUUUGAAAGGUGAUGUGGUGAAACAGGAGAAGCAACGGUUGAUUGGAUCCACGGAAUCAAAGCGAUCGGCUGCGCAGAAUUACGCGAUUUGGCUGGGGGUCCGAGCGAGGACGUGCGGCCGAAGUAUCGCCCUGCAACGAAAGCUCAUUGAGGACGCACGAGGGAGGCUCGCUCCCCUGAUUGAGGAUGUCAUCAACUUCCAGAUCAAGGGAGAGACAGAAAUCGGCAAGCCGCCGAGACAGCAAGUCGAGGAUGUCGUGGAGAAGGUCGAGCGGUGCGAAAGUCUCUACUCGACACACAAGGAAAUGGAAGCGGCGAAUCCUCGUGUCGCCUCGGAAGAGUUCUACUCAAGCCGUGAGGCUAUAUUUGCAUGGCACAACAUUACGGCUCUCAUUAACACUGAGUUGGCUGUGCUGCAAAGCUGGGUGGGAAACGAUGCUCUCGAUUUCAGCAAGUCCAGAACCAAAUCCGCCAAAAGCGACCUUUCUGAUGAUUCGUCCUUCCUGGAUCGCAUUAUGAAGGAGGAUGGUUUGAAGACGCUACAAGGUGAACACAGCAUGCUGAAAGGCAUUGGCGCAGUCAUUCAGAAAGCAAAGAGUACUUUGAUUGAAAAUGCUCAGGCUUUUGCGGCCCGUCACUUGCCGCCGUACAUCGAGGAAUUGCUCACUCUGAUCAACUUUCCCUCGCGGUUGAUUCAGGAGAUCAUCCGCAUGCGACUGUCCUAUGCCAAGAACAUGAAGGAUCCGGCCCAACAAUCUCCAAUACUGGUCGACCAAAUGAUCUCACAGUUUCAGAUUUUGAUGAAAGUGGCGGUCGAAAUUAAGCACCGCUAUCUUACCAUCUCGAGACCGGAGCCUGGUUGGGAAUUGCCACCCUGUGUGGAUGAGAACUUUGAUUCGGUGGUCCUGGAUGCCAUGAAGUACUAUUUCCGGCUUCUGAACUGGAAACUGAACGCCAACAAGAACACCUUCAAAGAGGCAGAGAUCUUGGAACAGAUGUGGGGCUUCUCAUAUGAUAUCGGCCGGCAGCUCGAGAGCGGUGAUAUCGAGGUAGCCGAGCAGUUCAGUGCAUUAACUGCAAAGUCACUCCAGCGCCUCAUGAUUCAUUUUGAGCGCGAGCUCGUCCCCAGACCUAAUGAAACCGUAUCAGAUAUGGACAAGCGGUACAAGUCCAUCUUGGAUUCCACUCGCAUUCGUCAACGAAAACUAUAUCGAUUUUCCCGGUUCUUAUGCCAGUUGUUCGAAAAUGCCACUGAGUAUAACAUCGCGUCUGGUAUCGCAUACGAAUUCUUUGAGGCUCUCUUGGUCUCCGAUCACUUUCUUGUCACCUCCAAUAAUUCGACCGGCCAGAAAGGGGUGUAUUUAAUUGCCCAUCAUGCGCUGUGGAACAGACCUGCCGAUAUUCAAGCUAUCCUGGCUACUUCUUUCCGAGAAGAAGAUCCAAUCAAGGAUGCAUCCCAUACUCCCUACGUCUUGGUUAUUCGUCCAGAGAAACCGCUGGCUUGGGCGGGCAAGGAAAUGCAAGUGGACUUUUUGGAGCAACCGUCGGAUGUGCGUAUCGGUAAACUCCGUCUGGUGGUCGAAGGCAUGCAAGAGCGGCUGCAGAACGCCCGGAUGGAGCUGGCACGGCUCACGGGAAUUCAUUUGGACAUGGCAAUCGAACAGCGUGCAAACCUAGCCCGCGUGAACGUGGAAUUGAAUAAGAUCAAGAAGAUCUCUUUCAAACUCUCCAUGGCCAUUAUGGACAGCGUGGCCGUGAUGAAAAACCAAUUGCGCGAUAAGACUUGGGAGAACAAUGAUCUGAUCCAGGCUUGCUACGCCUUCGCGACUGAGUUCGGCAAGCGCUCCUCGAACUAUGUCGACGCCAACAGACGCGCCAUGAACAGUGCCCGAUUAGUGGACUUGUCAUUGGACUGGGUUUCAUUUAUCUGUGAUGAGUGUGAUGCUGCCGACCGAAAGACCUUCAAAUGGGCCGUGGCUGCAUUGGAGUUUGCAAUGGCCAUCACGUCCAGCCGUCAUCUGCUGUCUCUGAACGAAGAUCAAUUCGCCCGUCUCAGGUUGAAGGUGGCGGGGUGCAUGUCUCUCCUCAUCUCUCAUUUCGAUAUCAUGGGAGCUCGGUCGUCUCUUGCCGCCCAGGCCGAAAAACAACGAAUGGAAGAGCGGGCUGGCGCCCGAAAGAUGGGUACUGGUCGAAUUCUGAGCGACGAAGAAGCUUCUAAACUUGUUCGCGAGCAGUGGUUUGCGCGGGUGGUAGAAAUCGAGGACAGACGAGUCGAAGAGGACGCAAAACGCCAAGCCCUAGGAAGAGUCCUGGAAGGAUCCAACGAAGCCGAUCGAUCUCUUACCGUACUCUCAUCCUCAGCUACCAACGUUACUCUGCGAUGGCAGCAAGGCCAGUUCAUCGGAGGUGGUACCUUUGGAUCCGUCUACGUGGCUAUCAACUUGGACAGCAACUACCUGAUGGCUGUCAAGGAGAUCCGCCUGCAAGAUCCUCAGCUCAUCCCCAAGAUCGCCCAGCAGAUUCGGGAUGAAAUGGGGGUGUUGGAAGUGCUGGACCAUCCGAACAUCGUGUCCUACCACGGAAUUGAGGUGCAUCGAGACAAGGUGUACAUCUUCAUGGAGUAUUGUUCGGGUGGUUCGCUCGCCAGCUUGCUGGAGCACGGGCGGAUUGAAGAUGAAACGGUUAUUAUGGUUUAUGCGCUCCAGCUUCUUGAGGGACUGGCCUAUCUGCAUCAAGCAGGGAUUGUGCACCGGGACAUCAAGCCCGAGAACAUUCUGCUGGACCACAAUGGAAUCAUCAAGUACGUUGAUUUCGGCGCGGCCAAGAUCAUUGCUCGCACUGGCCGCACAGUUGCCCCCGUGGAUGGCCCCGUCGGCCCUGGCCACAAGGACCCGCUUCUCGCAAAGGACGCAAACCAGCGCAAGAACCAGAAGACUACCACGGGAACUCCCAUGUACAUGUCGCCUGAGGUGAUCCGCGGUGAUACCUCCAAUCUGGUCAACCGCCAGGGCGCCGUCGACAUCUGGUCUCUGGGCUGCGUGGUUCUGGAAAUGGCCACCGGCCGACGCCCCUGGUCCACGCUGGACAACGAGUGGGCCAUCAUGUACAACAUCGCCCAGGGCAACCAGCCAACUCUCCCGGCCAAUGAUCAGCUAAGCGAUCUGGGUAUCGACUUCCUGGCCCGAUGCUUCGAAUGUGACCCCUCGCGCCGCCCUACUGCUGCCGAGCUCCUCCAACACGAGUGGAUCGUCUCCAUUCGCCAACAGGUGGUCCUGGAGCCCCCAACUCCAACCAGUGAAAGUGGCGGCGGUAGCUACACCAGCUCGUCUGGCUCUACCACCCGUCAGAACUCGACUCAGAUUUGA